AUGGCGCCCGCGUCAGCUGGAUCCCUGGCACAUGCACUGCGAGUCUUGCUGCCGGUCAGCUUCGAGGAGAUGGCGCUGCCAAAGCCGGAGCCUGUCGAUGAUUUCUGGGUCAAGGAAACCAAAGGCUACGAUCUCAGCCCGUAUGCAGACGAGUUGCCGCUCUGCGAGGAUCUUGAUCCCGGCAUGGUGGGGAAUGGUGGCUCGUGCUGGAGCACCUGUCAAGGGCAGUGCCCAAACGACGUACUGAAGCCUGGGUUGGCUUUCGAUUUCGACGAGAUCAGACCCGGACAUCCAGGAUGCACCUCCCAUUUCGAGUGUGUCGGAAACUUCGAUCGGGUGCUUUGCCAUGCUGUGCGGGCAAUGGAUGAAGAUGCACUGGAAAACUUCGGAACCAGGGCAGAGAUAGAGGACUCGAUUCCGGACGUGGGGGACGUGGUGCCCUCCAUGUUGCCCGUAUUUGCAUGGUUUCCACGCCUGCCGAGAGGGAGGCGCAGGUCCGGCUCGGACUUUCUCUGA